GGGAGAGAGAGGUGCAAGGAGCGCACACGUCGCACUAUUAACUGGAUGCAUCUAAGAAAACAACUCCAAGGAAGACUUGUGCUAGAGAUACACCAAAAGGGAAGUUGAUCCACAAUUUAAAAUAAAAAAAAAGCGCACCGGGCGCACGCAGACAGCGGUCAUGGCGUGUGAUGAAUCCGGCGACGGACACUUCCAAGUGUGGGUCCUCGCGGUUCUACUAGAGCGCACCGGAUCCCUGCACCCGCUUCCUUCGCUCUGUGGCGCCGGUGGUAUUGCGUAAAAAAAAGGCAAAAAGUAAGGAUUGGAGGCGGGUGGCUGCAAAUAUGCUGCGACGAGGGUUGAUCGGAAGCUCCUGGCACCAGCGGAACCAGACGGACCUUUACGCAUGAUCAUCCAGCCGGGCCCAGGGAAGGAUACUGUGAGGAGGGCGAAAAGUUGAACGCAGUCGCGGCUUGGGGGGGAGGAUAACGACUCGGCAAAGGUCUCUGGUUCCAAAUGUCACCCUCCUUGGACUCUGCCCCAGUCGGGGAACAGCAGCAGUGUGUGACGGACAGGCGAGUGGAGCCUCGAAGCCGCGUGGCCCCUUCAAACGGCCCCUGGCUCAGCUCUGCAUGGCACAACCAGUGAAAAGUCCUGCUAUGGUCUGACGUCUCAGCAUGGAUGGAGUCAGUCAAAGGACCGUCCGCCGCUAAUGAGACCGUUGCUGUUCAUUCGAGGACUAGCAUUUAUUCCGGAUUACUCCCGAACAUUUUCCUGAUCGUUUCCCAACAUUUAUCACCAAACGCUUCUUGGUGGACUUUUUUUUAAGUUUGGUAUUUGGUGGAUUUCUACAUUACUGUUCAAGUUUUUGUAUUUGUUUCAAUUACUUGUAGUUAUUUUUUAUUCAGUGACCGUUUUUUUUUUUCACUAUGGAGUUUCUGGCUGGACCCUGGAAUAAGGAUUGGACUUCAUUCUUACAGUUUUGGUUGACUGUAAUCCUAAGCCUUCAAAUGCAAUUCAGCCCAGGUGCCUCAUGCCCGGAAGAGUGUCGUUGUGACAAAUUAUUUGUGUACUGCAAUGAACGCAGCCUGACAUCAGUGCCUCUGGGGAUACAGGAGGGCUACACUGUGCUCUACCUGCACAACAACCAGAUCAACAAUGCUGGCUUUCCUGUCGAACUUCACAAUCUGGCUUCCGUGGAGACGGUAUAUCUCUAUGGCAACCAGCUCGAUGAGUUUCCGAUUAAUCUGCCCAAAAACACCAGAGUAUUGCAUCUCCAGGAGAACAAUAUUCAAACAAUCUCCAGGGCAGCCCUAGCACAGUUGACUCGAUUAGAAGAGUUGCACCUUGAUGAUAACUCUAUCUCCACAGUCGGGGUGGAAGAAGGCGCCUUCAGGGAGGCGCUAAGCCUGAAACUGCUCUUCCUCACCAAGAACCACUUAAGCAGCGUUCCCAUCGGGCUCCCGGAGGAUCUGAAAGAGUUGCGAUUGGAUGAGAAUAGAAUCGCCGUCAUCGCCGAGGAGGCUUUUCAGAAUGUGACACGUCUGCAGCGCCUCCUGCUGGACGGGAACCUGCUGACCGAUGAGGGCAUUGCACCGGGGACCUUCCAGGAGUUGUCGAGCCUCCGCGAACUGGCGCUGGCACGCAACUCCCUUACAUUUCCACCUCCGCUUUUACCCAGCCAGUCACUGGUCAAACUGAGUCUGCAGGAGAACCAAAUCGACCAGAUCCCAGUUGCAGCUUUUGCAGAUUUAAACAGGCUGGAGAAGUUGGAUAUUUCCAGUAAUCAACUUCAGACACUGACGCAGGGUGUGUUUGAUAGCCUGUCAAGCUUACGGCAUCUCAUGGUGCGAAAUAACCCAUGGCGUUGUGACUGUGCGGUGAAAUGGGUGGUGGUUUGGCUCAAGUCGUUGCCUUCUUCGAUAAACGCCCGAGGUUUUGUGUGUCAGAGUCCGGAUCGGGUGCGCGGAAUGGCGGUCCGAGAGCUCACCUUGGAUAUUAUCGAAUGCCCGGUCGACGCCGGGCAACCGUCAUGGCCUACUAUUCGCUCCACGCCCCCUCCUCCGCCCACGACCACCCCUCUUACCACCGUUAUCUCCACUCUUGUAACCACGUCCGUUCCUGAUUAUUUAGACUCACCUUCUCCACCUUUACCCCCGAUUUAUAACAAUCCACCCGGUCCCCUGCCUCCUUACGAGGACCCCCUUCAAAUCUCCUUCCAUGUGGUCAACUCCACAAGCAUCGACGUGAGAUGGGCUUCCUAUUUCACCGUCACAGCCUACAAAGUCACUUGGGUUAAAAGAGGUCAAAGCCAAAUAAACGAAGGGAUGCAAGAACGGACGGUGAGCGGCGGCCAACGCCAUAUCAGCCUCGCUAAUUUGGAACCGCGGUCUGUGUACCGGAUCUGUGUGCACGUUUUGGACACCCAUAACUCCUACAGGCCCGGAGAGGAUACAAUAUGCUCUGAGGCCAGGACCAAGUCAGCUUUACCGACAAAGAGUCCUGGUUCGGGGCAAGCUCCAAAGGAGGGCGUUAAUUCCACGUUGUUAAUGGCCGGCAUCAUCGGCGGAGCCGUGCUUAUCAUUUUGGUAACACUACUCAGUCUCUUUUGCUGGCACAUGCACAGGAAGAGCCGGUCGUCUUCGACUAAGUGGAAAUACAACCGCGGUCGAAGAAAAGACGACUAUUGCGAGGCCGGAACCAAGAAGGAUAACUCCAUUCUGGAGAUGACUGAAACCAGUUUCCAGAUUGUGGCGCUUAACAACGAGCAGCUGCUCAAGGGAGAUUUCCGUAUUCAGCCCAUCUACACACCCAAUGGGGGGAUUGGAUUUAGGGACUGUCACCUCAGUAACAACAGCUUGGCGUACUGCAAAAGCAGCAACGUGCCCAGUACUGAGUUUUGCCACACGUGAUGCUGCGGUAAACGGUACGGCGGCACCCCCCCCCCCCCCUGUAAACUCCAAAAACACUUGACAAAUAUAAACAAUACACACCUUCACUGUUUGUGUGGAACAGAACAGAACAGAAAAGCGUAAAAAAUUAUCUUAAAAUAUAACUGUACAAUAUAUAUAUAUAUAUACAUAUAUAUAUUUCCAAGUUCUGUCUAUGAUGUAAUUUAUACUGUGGAUAAUGUGGGAAUCUCUGCUAUCUUUUUUAUUCAUACAGAAAGGAGAUAUCCAAGUGUUUUGCUUUUUUUUUUUUUUUUUUUUUUUUAUAAAGCGCAGGGUUUUGAAAAGUUGUUUUAAUGGUCAGUACCGUACAUGAACACAGAUUUGUACAAUCACCGCAACCUGGGUGUAGCUUCUGCUGUCAGCCUCGGAAAAAAUGUCAGGCACUCUGAGAGAGGGCAGGGAUUCUUUGCUAACCACAGAAGCAAAAAAAAAAAAAAAACAUACAAAAAUAGUCAUUAAAACAACACAAUACAAAGAAUUGAUGACAGGACUAUGGAAAAGAGCAACACUGGUGGCGUGUUUUUUACUCAUGUUAACAAUAGCGGUGCUUGUUUAUGAGCAGGGGUCUCAAACUCAAUUUACCUGGGGGUCACUGGAGCUAGGGUCUGGGCAAGGAUCAGGUUUUCCAAAAAAAAAAAAAAACGCAUUUAUUAAAAACAGAAAAAUAUACAAACUUUUUCAGUGCUUUGGUUCCGAUUUUCUACAAUAAAAGCUCUGAUAAAACAUUCCACUGUUCUCAAAUAUCUUAAUUUUUAUUUUUCUGCACAAAAUAAGAUGAAAAAAAAUAAACAAAUCAAGAAUAAAGAAAAUAAAUCAGUAAUAAAUAAAUAUAAUAAUAAUAAUAAAAUGGCAAAUAAUAAAAACUUAAGAAACCACAUAUAGUUGGUGGGUAGACAAAUUAUUUUUUUCAGAUUAAAAUUAACAAAGCAUUAUUAGAGCCCUGUAGACAUGACAAAACACGACAAUUAUACUCUAUUUACAACAUAUUGCGCAACUGCAGGGUCUUGAGACACAUGCUAACUCGCAAACUAGAGAGCUAGCGACCGAAACGGUAGCCUUCAAGUUAUUUCCUUUAAACUUAAAUAUCCAAAAACUUACCACUUCCACACGGAUAGGGAGGAUAACUAUUAACAGUUAUUUAACCUUUAACAUGAACAUUAAUCAAACGUAAUAAUUUUUUCUGGGUACAUGAUACCAUACAGCAUCCAUAUCAAACUUGUGUGGGCCGCACUAGCAUUAAACUUUCAUAUCAAGACGGGGGGGGGCUUAAAGUAGUCUUGAGACACAUGCUAACUCGCAAACUAGAGAGCUAGCGACCAAAAACGGUAGCCUUCAAGUUAUUUCCUUUCAACUUAAAUAUCCAAAAACUUACCACUUCCACACGGAUAGGGAGGAUAACUAUUACUAACAUUAAACUUUCAUAUCAAGACGGGGGGGCUCAAACUAGCGUCCUGCGGGCCACAUUUGGCCCGCGGGCCGCAUGUUUGAGACCCCUGUUUAUGAGGAAUCAGGAACAGGAUGUGCAGCAAAGUCCCAAAAGUGCCUUCAACUCUAAAAUCAUUGUUGCUCUAAUUGUUUAUAUCCGAGCAAAGAUGAGCUUUAUUAAAAGACACUUUUUGGAACACUCUCAAUAGUAGCAAUAUGAUUUAAUGAUAACAUUAAAAAAAAACAACAACAAAGAAUCACCGUCCUCCAUGCGGUGUUAAAUGUGCAAAGUCUAGAGAGCAGUUUGCUUUUUUUUUUUCCAUCCACAAGGGGGCACUUUCUCUCAGCUCAGUACUGAACAAGAGGCCAUGAGACAAGACAGGAAGAAGCAAACAAAGCCACAAGGAUCACUUUACCACCACCAUUCCGCCGGAAUCCAUUACCCAUAUGACAUUACUCUGCUCAAACGCCAUUGUUUCCAGUCUUAUUGCUCAUCGGGUGUCUUUAAUGAUGUGGAAUCAUUUAAAACUAACAGCGUCUUUCAUGCUUUGUGGCUAAAUGAUAUGGAUUUUUCACCAUUGUGGUCUAUCAGGGGUGGGCUCUUUUGUGAUGCACUUUCAGAAGAAACAUAAUUAUUUUUUUAACUCGUCUAAGCUUUUAAUUGGGGAAAUUUAAUUAGGAUCCUCCACAAUGCAAACUGCUCAUUCGGCUUGCAUACUUUUGUCUGUUUAUGCGCAUUUCACGGCAUCGGGAAUGAUAAGGGAAGAGGGGGGGCUUACUCGUCUCUACCCCCCCACCCCGUCUGUCCCAAUAUCUGUGAUCCCUGCAUGGGCUCAAUUAAAGCAGUUUUCCCUGCCCUUCAGCUCAUGGACUGCGGUGGCGGCGCUUUGCAUGGGAGCUGCCAGCAAGAGGUCUUCAUUAUGAACUUCUUAAAGAGACUCUAUUUGACUUGACAUCAUUUUAUUUUGAAGGGGGGGGGGCAAGCUUAAAGGGUUCCUAGCCUUAUAAUCCUCCACCCCCGAAAAGAGAGAAAAAUAUGCACUUAUUUUCACUCGGCUGCAUUAAGCUCAUGUUGAGUAAGAGUACUAACUUUUUGCUAUUGGGCCAAAUAUUCGAGAAGAAAUAAAAGGGCUCGUAGUUUUACAUAUUGUAUCGAUAAGAGGAUUUACAAGUCCAACAAAACUUCCACGGCCCCAUUGUUCAAAAUAAAAAAAAAUUAUCAGCAUUUUUUUCAUAGUUUUUCCUCAUUCAACCAAAACAAAGCGUCAUUAGCUUAGUAAUACUUCAAUAAUUCUAUAUUAUUUUAAUAAGAAACAGUCUAAACCAGGGGUGUGUGACUUUUUCACUCAUUUAAUCAAUUAAUAAUAACUUAAUUAAAAAUUUUAGAUGCAUACAUAUUAAAAAUAUACUAUAGAACAUAAGAAAAAAAAAGGAACGACUGGCCGAAAAAGGCCCCCGGACUGCACUUUGGACACCCCUGGUCUAUACUGUGAACAUGAAGUUACUGUUAGACGUCUGUUUUUAAAAAAUACACUUUUUAAACAUUUUAUAUUGUUGCAUUAAAGGGACGGUACGCAAAAGGCUUAUCCAGUUGCCUAUGCCAAGACGGCGCCAACAUUCGAACAUACAAAUACAAACAGCAUUAUAUUAAUUCGUGGAGUCAGGGGAUUAUAUCGCAGUUAAGUUUGUUGUCAGCUAAUAAUAGUGAUCGCUAUUAUAGCUAUUAUAGCUAAUAAUAACAAUAUGUGGUUCACAUAUCAAUGUAUAGCCUAGCAUAAACAUCCAUUUUUGAUGUCGCUUGUUCCACGAAGAAUUUACAGUCUAACCAAUUAACCUCACAACCCAAACACGGAUUAGAAUCCAGAUUUUCCAGAUCACCUGACUCUGUGGCCAACAUGCUAACCACUAGAUCACCGUGCAUACAACAUGAUUCCAAAUUAUUGGUUUGAUUCUCUGAAACUUUUUUAUGUACAAGCCAUUGGUGAGUCCAUUGAACGUUACAAAUUUUUAUGCGGUUUAAUUCGUAAUAAUGAAAAAUAUAGAUGAGUUUUUGUUUGAAUGCAGUGCUUAUCAAUCGUAACGGUGGUAGAGUGAUCGUAUCCCAACCUGAAGGAUGCUGGUUCGAGUGUUCGAAGUGUCCAUUUGGUUCUGAUCGAUUAGUUUUAUCCUAAAUUCUCAUUCAUUUUGUUGAAAAUUUUUAUUUUUUCAAUUUACGCGUUCUUUAGAAUUCCAUUUUUUUUUUUACCACCAAAGAGUGUGUGCUUUCUGUGCCGGUGAAUAGAACAUCCGUUGAUUAAAUACAAAAAUCCUCAACAAACUGUACGAUUGUUCGAUUUCGAUUUGAUGUCCCUUCUCGUCACGAUAUCAGCAUUUUAAUCAACAAAACAGUCGAAUCUUCUGUGGUUAUCAGAGCAUCUCCACUUCCACGUUGAAACUUUUUUCUACAAAUAUCCACAUAUCAGCACACCCAGAAAAAAAAAAAACCUGCCCUGCUUCAACAAUCGUGAAGCAUCGCCGACGACGAAGCACUGAACCAACACUACAUUUUAACCGAUUUCCACUUCGAUACAACACAAAAUCCCCACCUAUCGUUUCUUUUUGUUGUACACUGACCCCCAACAGAUCACAUGAAACCUUCACGUCGUAUAAUUUGCUGAAUGUGUAAUGCCGACGUCCAAUAUAUUUGCCUUACCUUUAUAUGCAGGAACGAUGCAGAAGCGACGAUAGAAAAGAACACAACAUGAGACAGCGAGAAGAAUGCUCGAAAAGAAAGCACAUUUUUUUGCAACCACGGCGGUGACAAUAACGGUGCCGACAGGAACAACACUGCUAAGCGUAACACGAGACUUUUCAUUCAUACGACACAACAUCGGUAAUGAUUGAGCGAAGCUGGGAAUGAGCUUUUUUUUGCAGUGUGUAUUACAACGAGAUCCUAGGAAUUAGACUCAACGGACUGCAGACUGACCACUGCUGUUAUUUUAGGGUGCUGAUAAAUGACUCAUUAAAAGUGAUUAUACAUAAAUAAGCAUUUUUUUUAACCAUAACUGCAGGCACAUCGGCGAGUAACAUCCGUUUGUUGAUUUUUUUGCAUGUACAGUAUUAACCUUCACUGCCUUUUAUUUUGCUCAUAGACUUACAAAGGUAUAUUUUAAAGCAGUCGUCCAACCGGUGGUUGCAAUACUGAGGGUCUAGAGAACCUAAGCUGCAAAAAUUUACAGUGCAUGUAAUAUGGCAACGUUUGGGAUACUUGGUCAUCCCGGCUUCCCGUCACCCACACAAAAUAUUUCUUAGGAACCAAAGUUUCUUUUCUCAUGUCGAAAUGUUGAUGUUGUUCCAUGUAUGUGCCUUGAGGUUGAACUUACAAUGUAAAGUCCUUGAAACCUUUAAAUGUUUUUGCACAAACUGUACAUACUUAAGUGAAGGUUUUUUUUGUUUUUGUUUGUUUUGUUUUUUUUUUAAAUAAAAGAGCCAUUGGAUUUGA